AUGAGCAAAGCUGAAACAGGUGUAUUGCAAGCUAAUGCUGUUGAUGUUCAUCGCUCCGAUGUACCUGAUGAAAGAGAUGGUGUUGAAAGUCACAGCGAUGAUGGAGAGGACAACAUGGGAGAAAAAUCGGCGACUCUGAUCACAGGGAGGAAGAGGAAGUUAUUUGAAUUGAGGUUAAAAAUGAAUGGGGCAAGAAAAGCUAAUCAAUCUGCAAUGGUAGUAGAGAAGAAGAAAACAGAAGUUCUAGCUACAGAGUCUAGAGGAAUGUCCAAGUAUGGAAAGGCGCCAAAAUCAUCAGACGACAAGAUAGAGAGGAUGGUGAAGGAGCUCAAGGACAGGGACGAGAAGCGCCAAUCAUUUAGUCGGAGGAGAAGGUUUCAUGAAGAGAAAGAUAUUGACUCUAUUAAUGAUCGUAACGAGCACUUCAAUAAAAAGAUUGAGCGUGCCUUUGGAAAAUACACCUUGGAGAUCAAGAAUAGCCUUGAGAGAGGAACUGCUUUGCCUGAUUGA